AUGGACGCUGACUGGGAGAGGUUGCACAAUAAGAUGGAGAUUCUUACUCAGAGGAUUCUAAAGAAACACUGUGCUGCAUUUGAGGGAACUGAUGUCUGCAUGCAUAUCCCACACAGAUAUUCCAAAGAAUCCAGUAAAAAAUCAGAAAUUGUCAACCUUGUUGUCUUGAAAGAAAACCCAGCUAGUUGUUGGGGUGUUAUAGAGAUUAUGAAAUUUUUGAAACAGUACAUUCCCCUGGACCGCAAUGCAAUGCCGAUCACAGUUGUUUGCAAUGGUGACCAAUUGAUCGUGGAAAGAAUGGUGACAGGACGAUUGGCAAUGGCUGUAAGUGAGGAAGCAGAGGAUCAAUUAGUUGGAUUGGUUCCAAGACCACAGGGCUUCCACAAGCGAUGUAUCUUAUUACAGGACUGUAUGAAUAAGUUCUUCGAUGGAAAGAGUGCUGGAUCACGUGGGUCAUUAUUUCAAAUUCGCAAUCGCUUCAAAUUCAAAACUGUGAAAAAGGAAACAUCAGAUUGCAUCAACGACACACAGGAUUUUUGGACAUUUGUCACUGAAGGCCUCGUCUGUGUUUUGUGUUGCAAAUUGUUGAAUAUAACAUCAUUGGAGGAGAUCCCCGAUCAUGACGGUGACAUAACCGAUUUAUUAAAACACACAUCAGAGCAAAUCGUUAAUAUGAUAUGGCCAGUAAUAAUCAAGGAGUCCUUCAAUACAGUAAUAGAAUAUUUGGAUAAAACAAUACCGUACAACGAUAAUGAAAAGGCUACAGAUGAAAUUGAUGAACUAGAUGACACCCUUAAUUAUGAGGAUAUAUUUAGUGAUGAUGAAGACAUAGAAAAUAAUACUCGCCAUGUUAAUGUUGAUAUAUAUGAUGAUGACCAUGUCUUUAUGUAUACAUGCAGUAUGUUGUGGCAUGGCUUAAAAAUGAUGGCUGACAAAGAUGCUGAAAGGGAAAAUGAUGGGUUGGCAAUGUUGUCCGAUUGGAAAACUGACAUGGUCAGUUUCUGGGAGAAUGGGCACAAUAAGUACCUGAUAGUGGUCAUCGAUUACUAGCAGCUGUUGCUGGAUGGCUGCCACAACGCCUUCAUGAAGAGUUAACAUAGAAUAGUACAGCCAAUCUCUCUGGUGGACCAGGCAAUAAUUUGGCCUUAGACCUUGUGAAUGAGUUUCAAAAUAAUGAAUUCAAAUCAAACCUGAGAAAUGCUCACGGCCAAUACUCAGAUCGGCAGGUGCAAAGGUGCAGCAGACUUGUGGGUAGCCUGGGAAAGGGAAUAGAAAACAUUUUUGAGUCAAAAAUAAUGCAUCAAUAUUGUAGAAAGACAAACUCUUCGAGGCAUUCACAUAAAGAUCUGGUUAAAAAAUUUGUUAGAAUAUACUUGCCAGAAAAUUUGUUUGACAGGAAUAUCCGAAGACACCAUCCUGGUUUUAGUGGUUUCAACAAUGCAGUGGCUGUGAAUAAGCCAGAGAAACUCUCUUGUCGACUCAAAAAGUACUCAAAAGUUUUAGAGGAUGAAGCAUACAUUCUUGAAGAUUAGAAACAUUGAUUUUAUUUGUUUUUGACACAUUCACACUGUAACUGACAAAUAUUGCAGCAUUUACAGAAACUACAAUUACAUUUAUCACAUGAUCCGCUGCAUUUGUGGCUAACUUUUUAAUAAUUUCCAAUCAUGUGGCUGAAAAUACCAUGUCUAAAGCAUCUGGCACUCCCAUUUUUAAUGUUUCCACAUAUCGUUUGCAUGUCAUCCUCCACAUGUAUGAGGGAAGUCCUAACAGCAUAAUAACAUGUGGCAGAUGGUUGCCCGUCCCUUCCGGCACGACCAACCUCCUGCCAAUACUGUAACAGUGAGUCACAUGCCCCCCAAGGAAUGACAUACCGAAUGUCUGGUAUGUUAACACCUAACCCAAAUGCAACGGUGCAAAUGAGUAGUCUGACUGGGGACUCAGGCUUAAGAAAAGAGGAUAGAAUUUUUUUUUGGUCACGAUCUUCUAGGGCACCAUGAAAUUCCCCAACAAGACGGUUUUGUGAUCUCUUUGUCCUGUCUUUAUAUCCAUCAUCACGUAGGUUCCCCAUUAUGUCUCUGAACAAUGUUCCUACUGCAGUUACACUCCUGUCAUAUUUUUAAGGAUGAUUGUUAGGAAAUAAUGGUGAUUAAAACAGUCAGGAGCCUGUAAUAAAUAAGGCCGUUAGUUUUUUCGUUUGAAUUCUUUUACAUCGUCAUUUCGGGGCCUGUUAUAGCUGAUUUUGUGGUAUGGGUUUUGCUCAUUGUUGAAUGCCGUACGGUGACCUAUAGUUGUUCAUUUCUUUGUCAUUUUUGUCUCUUGUGUAGAGUUGUCUCAUUGAGAACCAUACAACAUCUUCUUUUAUAUAUAUUGAUACAAUAUUUUUGCUACCAUGGAUACUUAUGUAUUUCAUGUACAGGUUACUCUGCAAAUCAUUAUUGUUACUUGAGAGGAUAGUGGAGACAAAUACUUGACCAGUUACUGGUUAUGGAAACUUUUUACCAGAUUAACAAAAUUUAUUUAUGCUGUUAUUGUGACUUGCUCUUGUAUACUAGUAUAUAGAUUUAAAAUCAAUUUUUCUAAUCUUCAAGUAACCAUAGCUAGUGAAUUAUUUUAACUUAGAAAGAAAUUGAUUGAUUUUGAUAAAAAAAAAUAUGUAUUUUAUAUAUGAUGCUUUCUGCUACAAUGUUGUACCACUGAUAUUGCCUUUCUACAAUAUUGAUUCUUUCUGCUACAAUAUUGUACUGAUAUUUUUACAUCUAUAUUAGAUUUUUUAUGUAUAUAUUUAUGUUUAAACUUUGUAUGUAGACUUUUUUUUAUCUUGUGAGCAACUGUACUUUGUUUUCUAAACAAACAUAUGCAGUGAAUAUGUUCAUUUAUGAAUGGUGUUAAGGUAAAUCUUAUUUCAACAAUCUUCUUCAUAACCAAUUUAAAGUGAUAGUUACCUUACAUACAAUAUGGCCUUAUCUGCCCCUACACCUUUUUCUUUAAUUUCAUCAAGAUACCACUUAAUUUCUACUAACGGUUCCAUGCCUGGUUCACUUUUGUAUUUUAGAAAUAUGUUUGGUCUGUUUAAAAAAUAAUGAACAUGCUAUAUAUUUGUUCACACUGAAGACAAGAUUACAUGAAAAGCAGAAGAAAGGAGAAAGGCCAUUAUUGACCCCAAUUUUUUAACACUCUUAAAUAUUCGAUAAUGGAUUUUGAUAAUUAAAAAUGAUUAUAUUAAUUUUGUUAAUAGAUUACAAACUUUUCAAGAGUUUGACACAUCACAGUUGUUUAAAGUGUGGUACUUAAUAUGGUAAAAUUUAUGUUUUUUGACAAAAAAGUAUGAAACAAAGUAGAUUGACACUUAAUUUUACCAGUGCCGUUCAUUGUUGCACUUUGAUGUUACUGUUCCAGUGGUUAAAUAUUUUUGGGUUUAUUGCAUGUCCCCAUUAUUUGCCUUUUUAUACUAUAGAGAUUAAACAAACAUGUCAGGACAUAGGGAUUCAAUGAUGGGAUCUUGAAUAUACAGUUUUCUUAUUAUAGAUUGUAACAUGCUAUCAGUACAGGUGGCAGUUAAAAGAAGGAAAGGAACAUUUGUGAAAUGGCUCCUUAGCUCCCCAAGCUUCUGGAAUGUUGUCCUGAAUUUCUCGCCCCUACAAUAACCAAUAAUUUCUAAAACUUAUAAGGCAAAAACAUAUGUCUGUUUCAGGUGACCUUACUUCCCUAGUUUUUAUGCCUACCCUAGCUCAAUUUAAUGGACAAUUUUGUGCAAAACAUCGCUUAAUAUCAAGAUUUUGGUUAAGCUCAUUUAAAGUCAAGAAAUAUGCCCCUUUGAAGUCCAUGUAGCCUAAACAAAAUGAUUUUAAAAAAUGAAAUGAUUUUACAUUCAUGUACAUACCCACCCUUUUUGUUUAGCAAUGUAUAAACCUGAAACUCACAUAUAUUUUGUUGUGGCCUAAUAAGAUUUUGUAAUCAUUUAUACAAUGUUUGACAAGAAUGAUUGUUAACAAUUUCAGUCAAUUUAUGGAAAGCAAUAUCUUUUUUCCCUUCAAUAAGAUAUUCUUAUAUAUGUUGAAAAAUAGUCAAUAUUUGUCAAUCACGCCUUUGUAUACAUGCAGAAAUUGCUUGUUUUAUAGUUUGAUUGUGCUCGAUUGUGCUUUUUGAUUUAAUAUGGCACUAGUUAAAAUAAAAAGGAUAUGAAAUUUUAUGUAUGUGAUUUUAUUUCUUAAUUUUCUUCAUCUUGCCAACAAAU